AUGGCGGCGAAGUUAGUGUGCCUGGUGGCUUUCUCCGUAUCUUCCGCUUCCGCAUCAUCGGACGUGACCUGGCCACGGCAGCUGGGCGGAGUUGAUGUGGUGGAGGAAGUGUGCAAUCGCAUUGGCCGGGGCUUCUGUCAGACCAGCCUCCACAUGCCCACAGGCGCCACAAUGUCCUACAAGGACGCAUGCACCAACAAUGUGUGCGUGCACGAACAAGUGCUGCUGUUGGGGUUUCCUGAAGUGCGGUGCGGGGAGACUUGCGUGGACAUCCCGUGCACAGGCGCCAGCAAGCAACAUUGUGGUGAGACAUGUGUGAAAGCCCUGACAGCCGCGUCGGAGAUGUUCGCAUGUUUGGUCAAGAACGGCUUCGAUGUACAGACCAACAAGCCGGCAGUGGUGCAGCAGUUGACUGCUGGAGACGACUAUGUCAUCCAGGCGGCGCCUGUUGACCUGGAGCUCUACACCUCCAUGUCAGUAGCUAUCGGCGCCUGUGUUGGUGGUGGCGCUUGUCAUCUGAUCCACGGUGUUCUGUUGGACUACUUCAAGUCUGCCGCGAAGGAUCUUGGCGCCGGCUUCAAAGCCUUCGUUGAGACCUUCGUCCUCACCGGCCUGCUUCAACCCUUGGUGACCGCCUCGGAGGUUAAGGAUCUCUUUGCCUCGCUUGAGAACCUCAAGGCUGAGGCCGCAGGGGUGAAGAAACGCGCAGAGGAGUUGGAUGGGCUGAAGAUGGAACUGAAGGACUUGGGCACUGCUGACAAUUGUGGCUUGAACGACUUGUUGGACAAUCUGAAGGAGAUUCCCAGUUUGAAAGACUGGGUAGCUGCACCUACCCGUUUGAUGGAAGCGCUUGACAUCAACGCCAACAGUGUGCAGGCAGGUGUUGUUAGCUACAAUCAGUGGGCCGACUUCAACGUCGAACUCCCCUGCUCGAAGAUGGAACGCUGGGAAUCAUCACUGCUGGGUCAUACCGUCUCUGCAGACAUCCCCAAGUUCUUCGCUUGCGACUUUUCCUACAAGCUUCCUCUGCCCAACGAGCACAUCCCCUACUUGCGCAUCAAGGACGCGGCUAAAGCUUUGGCAGCAGUGU